UCUCGCCUUCCCUCUCCGUAGAGAUGACAAAAAUAUCAAUCGAGUUCUGCAUAAUCUCCGCACGUGGUCUAGGCCGCAAAUCAUCAUUGCUGAAGCCACAGUGGUUUGCAGUCGGAUGGGUUGAUCCCAACAGCAAGUAUUGCACUAAGGUUGAUACAUCAGGACACUCGGACGCAAAUUGGGGCACCAAGUUCUCGCUCUCGGUUGAAGAACAUGAUCUGGCACUGCAGCGGAUGGAACUGACAGUUGAAGUCUACAGGAGAGAGCCCAUCUUUCUGACGGAACAUCUCCAGGGAGCUGUGACUGUCCAGAUGAAAGAGUACCUUGACAAAUUUGCAUGCAGUGAGGAGCAUUCUGGUGUUACUGAGGACACUGGGAGUUUCCAGCUUAGAAGGAAGAAGUCAGACAAAGCUCAUGGGUUUGUGGAUAUAUCCAUCCGAAUCUGCAAGGAGAAAGAUGAUAAUGGUCAGUUUUCAGGAUCAGGUGAAGGAUUGAAGUACCCAGAUCAGGUCGGCAUCACAUUAGCAAUAGAGGAUGGUCCAGUUUACAGUUAUCCACCAUUGCCUUCCAACCAUUACAGGGGCCGUACCAAAGAUGUCGAUCACUAUAGUAAUGCCAUGCCAGUGACUCCUAGAACUCGCUCAGAUCCACCCCCUUCAGGAAGUAGCUACAGCUACCAACCCCCAAUGGUUCCAUCACUGCCGCCACCAACUUCAUACCCCAGCUUCUUUCCACCACAGUAUACCGGUAGGGAUCAAGUGCCACAGAACUACAUAAAUAUACCACCUAGAAAAUAUGCAGGUCAGAAUGGCGCAACAAACUUUGGAAUGGGGCUUGGAGCUGGAGCACUGGCGGCUGGAACUAUGAUAUUUGGUGAAACCCUGUUGCCAGGUCCAAGUCUCAGUGCUGGUAUUGACGGUCCAAGCCUAUCAGUAUCCAAUGCUGCACCAUUCUGAUAGCUGAGAAACAGUAUACCGAUGCUAGCUUGUAACAACAUAUGAACAGUUAUGAGCAUUCAAUUGCAUAUAAUGGGGUAAUGAUGCUCAAAUCACCGCAA